CCGGCGACGCGGUACACUCGGUUCUUUUUCACUUGUCCGUCGCAGAUUUGCAAGUAAAACAAAAUUUAUUUUUAAAAAAACCCUACCGACUUUCAAAAGCCGGCGCCUUUAGCCAGUCGAAUCCGAACAACCCCCACCCCCUGUAAAACAUCACUGUUAUGGUGUUCAACAGUGGACCUCUACACGUCGCAGUGACAGACCAACAUGAAUAACGACACGCGUUCGCACGAUCAGACCGUGUAUCCCGGCGAGGCUGACUGGGCCCUGGGCUUGCCGGACGUGGUCAACGCCACGGGAUUGUUGGCCGAAGACAUAGAGGACGUAGGACUGACCGACAUACAAACGGUGUUUUUAGCAUGCAUCGCCACGAUAAUACCUCUGUUCUUGGGUCUGCUGCUCGUUCUGGGCGUCAGAAAAAUGUGGAAAGAGUUCAAAAGUCACGAGUCCAACACCAGCGGCUAUGACAACGACGGGCUGCGCCGCGAAGACAGUUGCGACGCCGUCAAGAGUUCCAGUUUUAUGCAGAGCGCCGAAGAGCUGAAAACGAGCGAAUCGCAGUACUCGGUGCUGAUGCCAGAAGACACGUGCUGUUACAUUGCCCCGCAGCCUAUGUACAAUAGCCCGCCCAACAACCGUUUCGGCGACACGAACAAAAGCAAUCUCAACGGCAGCAUAAUCACGUUGACUAUGAAAAACAAUCAUCUCAUCGUCGAGACCGAGGAGAGAGUGCCGGGUGUGUACGUGGCGGAAACAGUGUCGCCCGCGGACAACGACGGCCGGAACAAGUCGACGGACUACGAAUACGACGACGAAGAGUUCGACAUGGAGGCGGAGAUGCUACGCCGGGAAUUCCGGGAGGCUUCGUUGUUGGCCAACGGGGUCGCCUCGGCCGGGCCCGUCCAACCCGACGGCCAGCCGUUUUCGGACGGCGGUGGCGCGUCCGCCGUGCUCGAACCGAGCAGCGAGACCCAAGUGGACCUGACCGCCGACCGCAGGCCCGGGGCCGUGCAGCCGCCGCAACACCAACCGGAUCUGUCCAGCGGCGGCUCGUCGUCGGCCGACUCGCGGGCCCUCGAAAACGCCUACGCCUACGGCAACCAGUCCGAGUACGGCGGCUGUGCGGCUGCCUCCAAACACAAGGCUUGGCCCGUCAAACCGGCGGCCGUGGUGCCGACCACCGCCGAGGAAGAGUAUUUGCUGGAACAGCGGUUACUGGGCAACGGUGUGAACGCCGCCGCCGUGGACGUCGAAGAGAAACAAUUAAUUUGCUCAUCGAACCACGUCAACGGCAUUGCUGCUGCCGCCGCUCAUUCCGGCCAGUAAAAAAAAAAAAAAGAUAUGACUGAUAUUAUUAUUAUUGUUAUCAAUAAUAUUAUCAUCAGUAAAAAAAAAAAAUAA